AAAACUCACUCAAAAGCGAUCCAAAUUCCGAGAAAGAUAACAGUUUUUUCUUUUCCUCUGCUAAUUUUCUCGGGAAAAAUGUUCAUUGAGAGCUUCAAAGUUGAGAGCCCGAACGUGAAGUACACAGAGAAUGAGAUUCACUCUGUGUACGAUUACGAGACGACGGAGGUUGUUCAUGAGAAGACCAUCAAUGGCAGUUACCAAUGGAUUGUGAAGCCAAAGACUGUCAAAUACGAUUUCAAAACCGAUAUUCGUGUCCCCAAAUUAGGGGUUAUGCUUGUGGGUUGGGGAGGAAACAAUGGAUCAACUCUCACUGCUGGUGUCAUUGCGAACAAAGAAGGAAUCUCGUGGGCAACGAAGGACAAAGUGCAACAAGCGAAUUACUUUGGUUCACUAACUCAAGCAUCAUCGAUUCGUGUCGGAUCUUUUAACGGUGAAGAGAUCUAUGCUCCUUUCAAGAGUCUCCUUCCAAUGGUGAAUCCGGAUGAUGUUGUGUUUGGAGGAUGGGAUAUAAGUGACAUGAACUUAGCAGAUGCCAUGGCUAGAGCCAGGGUUCUUGAUAUCGACUUGCAGAAACAGCUCAGGCCUUACAUGGAGAACAUUGUGCCACUCCCUGGGAUCUAUGAUCCUGAUUUCAUCGCUGCUAAUCAAGGGUCACGUGCUAACCACGUGAUCAAAGGUACCAAGAAGGAACAAGUGGACCACAUCAUCAAGGACAUGAGGGAGUUUAAGGAGAAGAAUCAGGUGGAUAAGGUUGUGGUUCUCUGGACGGCUAACACUGAGCGUUAUAGCAAUGUGGUCGUUGGGAUGAACGAUACAAUGGAGAAUCUCAUGGAGUCUGUCGACAGAGAUGAGGCUGAGAUCUCUCCUUCAACGCUUUAUGCGAUUGCUUGUGUUCUUGAGGGGAUCCCGUUCAUCAAUGGAAGCCCUCAGAACACCUUUGUUCCAGGUCUAAUUGAUAUGGCGAUCAAGAACAAUGUUUUGAUCGGUGGAGAUGACUUCAAGAGUGGUCAAACCAAGAUGAAAUCUGUCUUGGUUGAUUUCCUUGUUGGUGCAGGAAUCAAGCCUACUUCAAUUGUGAGCUACAAUCACUUGGGGAACAACGAUGGGAUGAACCUCUCAGCUCCACAGACAUUCAGAUCUAAGGAGAUCUCGAAAAGCAAUGUUGUGGAUGAUAUGGUUGCUAGCAAUGGUAUCCUCUUUGAGCCUGGGGAACACCCGGACCAUGUUGUUGUCAUCAAGUAUGUACCCUAUGUUGCGGAUAGUAAGCGAGCGAUGGACGAGUACACAUCAGAGAUCUUCAUGGGAGGGAAGAACACAAUUGUGAUCCACAAUACCUGCGAGGACUCUCUCUUAGCUGCUCCAAUCAUCUUGGAUCUUGUUCUCCUCGCGGAGCUCAGCACCAGGAUCCAGUUCAAAUCCGAGGGAGAGGGCAAGUUUCACUCUUUCCAUCCUGUGGCCACCAUACUCAGCUACCUCACCAAGGCACCGCUUGUGCCGCCGGGAACCCCGGUGGUUAACGCGCUGUCGAAGCAGAGGGCUAUGCUGGAGAACAUUAUGAGGGCAUGCGUUGGGCUGGCUCCGGAGAACAACAUGAUCAUGGAAUUCAAGUGAACAGGAAGAAGCAUCUAAGACCUUUAAUUAGCUCAUAAUUUAAAGAGUCUUUAAUUUGUGUCGUUGUUUGUUUUUUAUCUUAUGUUUUAAAUUAUGAAAGCUUGUGUUUCUGCGAGAUCAAAGAGCUUUUAGUUCGGUCUCUGUAGGGUGUGAAGUAACUUGU